CUUCGUCUUCAUCGCUCCACGCGUUGCUUGCAUUUCAGCUUCUACACUUCUACGCUUUCGCUCUACACCUCAUCAAACGCCGUCUCUCUAUCUCUCUCUCUCUACCCGUUUAUUGUCUAAAUCUCCGCUCUCUCGCGCCAAUUCCAGCCCCAUAUUUUCCAAUCUACACACAAUCUGACAUUUGUAGAGAAGCCUCAUUGAGAAAUAAAUCAACGCGAACGAGGCGAAUUUGGCGAAAUCGAAAUUAAUUUUAUUUGUAUUGGCUUUGUUGGAGGAAGGGGAUUGAAUCUCGGUGUGUGCGUUUGAAUACCUGUAUUAUUAUAUAUCUAUAUUUAGGUAAUCGGUGUUGGUGAUGAGGAUGGGUGGUGAAUUGGCCUACUGCACAGAAGAAAAGGAGGAAGAGGUCAUAAAAGACACGGAGCUGGAGGACGAGAAAAUGGUGGCCAAGAUGAGAUAUUCGGCGGCUGCGAUCGGUGGAGGCUUUUCUCCAAAGGCUGUCGUCGUCGGCUACGCCCUUACUACCAAGAAGAUUAAGAGCUUUCUGCAGCCCAAGCUUGAAGGAUUAGCUAGGAAUAAAGGAAUUCUUUUUGUGGCUAUCGACAUUAGUAAACCACUUUCGGAUCAAGGUCCCUUUGACAUUGUGUUACAUAAGUUAUCUGGAAAAGAAUGGCGAUCCAUACUUGAGGAUUAUCGGAUAACACAUCCCAACGUCACAGUUCUUGAUCCUCCUGAUGCCAUACAGCAUGUGUACAGCCGCCAGUCUAUGCUCCAGGUUGUUGCUGACCUGAAUCUGUCAGACCCCUAUGGUAAAGUAGGUGUACCUGAACAGUUGGUUAUCAAAAAAGAUUCAUCAUCAAUUCCUGAUUCUGUGAAUAUGGCUGGGUUGAGGCUGCCACUGGUGGCAAAGCCGUUAUUUGCAAAGUCACAUGAACUAUCUCUGGCGUAUGACGAGUUGUCCCUCCAAAAGCUUGAACCCCCACUUGUCCUGCAGGAAUUUAUUAAUCACGGAGGCGUCCUCUUCAAAGUUUAUAUUGUUGGUGAAGCAAUAAAGGUGCUCAGACGUUUCUCGUUGCCAGAUGUCAGUAAGCGUGAGCUGAAAGCAAGUGCUGGUGUUUAUCGUUUCCCGAGAGUAUCUUGUGCUGCUGCAUCUGCUGAUGAAGCAGACUUGGAUCCUCAUGUUGCCGAGCUCCCUCCAAAACCGUUACUUGAGAGACUGGCUAAAGAACUACGACACCGGCUGGGUCUCCGGUUGUUCAACUUGGAUAUAAUUCGUGAGCAUGGAACUCAAGACCGUUACUACGUGAUAGACAUUAACUAUUUUCCAGGAUAUGGGAAGAUGCCCGAAUAUGAGCAUAUAUUUACAGAUUUCCUUUUGAGCCUUGUUCAAAGCAAAUAAAAAGUCGGAAAACCUGGCAAGAGAUUUCCGAAUGAUGUAUAAACAAAGCUCGUUCGUGCUGCACAAGAUCCAAAACAAGCAGUUGAAAAAAGCGAAGCCGCCUGCAUAGGUGGUAAGCAAUGGUGUCAUUUGAAGUGCAAAGAAUACGGAUAAUCUGUUCCCUUCUUGCUCUGAUCCUCGACAUCGCUUCAAGGGCGAUAAUCUCGUUGGCGACUCCGUGUCCUUGUCUAAUAAUGUUCGAGUUUUUGUUUAUUCAUGUGUUUUUCUAAUUUAUAGUUUAGCAUUUCUUCUGUAAAUCCUUCUCUUAGAGAAGCACCAUGUAAAUAAAGUCUCUUUAUAGUUUAGCAUUUCAUCAUCUCA